UAAUUUAUUUAUAUAUUUUAGUCAUUAAGGGUAUAAACGUUAUUAACCACUCUAACUUUUAACGUGAGAGCUCGAUUUCAAAAAUUUACUUCGCAAAUAAUAGUAUAGAUCAGUGCAUCUAUAUUUUAGUAUUUGUAUUUUAUCCUUGUUUGAUAAGCCGUAAAGCUAAUGCUUAAAACUUUGUUUGUUUGUUUUUUAUUAAGAAACCAUUUGAUGUAUGGUAACUUCAACCGAUUAUACGAUUGAUGCCACAUCCACAAAAAUUCGUCACUGAAUAAAGUUAGAGAAUGACUUGUGCCCAAGUAAGGUCGUAAAAGUUAGAGAACGAGAGUAUUAAAUAGUGCCCAUAAAUGAUUUCGUUACAGGUACACUCCUCGGAUAUUUCUUUUUCUUCACCACUUUGCAAUUUUCUUACCCACUAUACCUAAAGCCAUCAUCGACAAAAGUUGGUCCAAGUCUCCUACAAGUGGUUUUUAGUCUUUCAAACAAUGGUUUGGUGAACAAUAAUCAUCUCUGUAAGACUAAACGUACACUAUUCUAAUUAAUCAUUUAGGAAUUCUUGUACUUUUGUAAUAAGAUAUACACAGUGUAAUAGCCUUGGGUGAAACACAAAAUAUAGACCAUUUUAUAAAUAUUUUCUAUAUUUUUCUGGGUAAUUUUUUCAAAUCGUAUUUUUAAGUUUUUGUCACAAAAUAGCACUCAAGAAAGAAAAUAACCAAAAUAACCUCUUUUUAUUUUAAAAAUUUUAAUACUUAUUUCUUAUUUGGGUAAAAAUGUAUUAGGACCUAAUUUUGUAACAAAAACUUAAAAAUUGUUAUUCUAGGGAAUUUCUCUUUUUCUUUUUUCUAUUUUUUUUAAUUUGAACUCUAAGACCUGAGAUAAAUAAAAAAAUAUCUCAAAACUAAUGGUAAAAAUAUAGAUUUUUAUUUAUUUUUAAUAAAUAAAUUAAAUUUACUUAAUUGUGAAUUUUUUUGAUAAUUUUUACUGUUUGAAUUGACCUUUAAAACAAAGUACAAAAAAUUAUAGACUCAUGGACUCAUGGUAAAUGUCCAUGUUGCAAUAGAUAAGAGCCGGCUCUGGAUAUACAUUAGAAAUCUCCUAUAGUUCUUGACGGAUAUAUCUCUUAGAUAUAUGUUAUUUUGCAUAAAGUUUAUGAAUUAGUUUUAGGAAAGUUUCUGUCAAUUAUUCACACUUACUAGUUUUGACUUAUGAGUUUAGCUUAUUGGAACCUCUCUUUCAAUUAUCAAUUUAUAACACACCUUAGUCAUCGCUUAGGUUGCCUCCACACGAAAUAGCAGGAAGCAACGUUGUCACUAUUACCAGGAAAGUUGUCUUUUAGGACAAGACAAGGUUUGAUUUUUCUUUGCUUUUCUUGUGUAAAACAUGUAUAUACUUUGAUUUAGCAAACUACUUCUUUGAAGAAUAAAACCAAACAAAAUGGUUUGAUACUAUGAAUAUAUAUACAUAUAUUUUUGUCGACAAAAAAAAACAUAUAUUUGUAUAUGAUUUAUCAACGUAAACUUUAUUUAUAUCUUUGGUUUAGAUUAUGGAUUAUUUUUAAUUAAUUUACAGUUAAUCUAUACACAAUUUAUAGUGAUAACAAAAAAGUUACAGAAGAAUAUUGAAAUUUCAUUUGAGCUCGACUGUGUUUUAUAUUCUUUUUGACAUAUGCAGAAUACUUUGAGUUUUGAUCAUAUGUUAUUUACAUAGUCACCACUUCUUACUCAAUAUUAAUAAUGUUAGGAAGAAACCCAUGAGCUCCAUAAAUGCGAGUGCCAGUGUGUGUGUGAUGUAUUACUAUUUGAGACUUCUCUACUAUUUCUGUGACAACUAUGUUGCUAACUUAUUCUUCACGGAUUCGACAGUGUUUGCACGUGCCAAAUAUGAAAUUCGUACUCACUGAUUACAUUUAAACCUACCAGAAAAUAAAAUCAGGACACGACUCUUUUUUUUUUUUUUUUUUGGUAAAAGACACGACUUUUCUUCAUAUACAAGAACAUGCUGAACAGCAUACAUUGUUGGUUGUUAACUAAGAAAUUAUGAGCUUUAGGUCCAUAAUAUGCUUAUUAAUCAAGGUUUUCAUCUGAACACAUGGCCUAUGCAACCAUUUUUUCUGCAUAUGGUUAUAGAGAUUUUGUGAUUAUGAUUUUCUAUAGCUUUAGGUCUAGUGAUAUAGGUAUUGAAAACUGUCAUCCUCUUUGGCUGCUUACACAUGUUUUCGUAAUUGCAACUUUAAGGAAAACUAAUUAGAGAAUACUUUAAGUCGACAAAAAGAAAAGAAAAACGAAUCAAUAAAAGUCAAAAAAAUAAGUUUAGAAGUCAAAAAGAAAAAAACGAAAUUAAAAUCUUAUACAAAAUGUAAGAUUCACUGCAGUAACAAUAUGGAUAAACAUACGAUAGAAAAAUUAGAUUAAGAAAUUAUAGUUUAAAGAUAGCUUAGUUUUUUUUUUCCCUGAGCAUAAAUAUAGGUCUAUAAAUAAAAGUCACAUACAUACCAAAUUUUGAUCCACGCUUUAAAAACGCGGAAUAUAAAUAUAAAAAUCUAAUAAAAACACAUCAAAUAUAAUGUUAUGGAUGUUAAUAUAAGUAAAUUGUUCCAUUUAAACUCAUUUAGUUUAUAGUGAGACUGUUUAACUCAAUUAAACCAAGUUAGUUAUAAGAUCUUAUGUGAUUUUCCCAUCUAGAUAUAUGAAUCACUGAAUAUAUUUUAUUUUGCUAUUUUAACUAUAAGUACUUAUAUUAAUUUAUAAUAUAUAAAGUAAUUUAUAUAUUAGGUUAUUUACAUAUAUUUAAUUAUUAACAUAAUAAUUUAAUUAUGAGUUAUUUUGAUAUGUUUUAAGGAUCAUAGUAGGAAUUUUGUUUUAAUAGUAUAGAUAUUGACAAAAAAAAAACAAAUUCACACACAUACACAUAUCAAAUGGAAUUUAAUUAAUAUUUUCACAACUAUAUCUGCAUCUUUUUGAAUAAUGUGAAGAUCUAUAAUACUAGGAUAAUGUGAAGAUCUAUAAUACUAUGAGAUAUAGGCUAAAUUUUAUCAAUCUUAAUAGGAAUUUUGUUUUAGUAGUAUAGAUGUUGACAAAAAAAAACAAAUUCACACAUACACAUAUCAAAUGAUAUUUAAUUAAUGUUUUUACAACUUUAUCUACAUAUUUUUGAAUAAUGUAAAGAUCUAUAAUACUAUGAGGUUUAAGUUAAAUUUUAUCAAUCAUAAUAUGAAUUCUGUUUUAAUAGUACAGAUGUUGACAAAAAACAAAUUCACACACAUACACAUAUCAAAUGGCAUUUAAUUCAUAUUUUCACAACAUUAUCUACAUCUUUUUGAAUGUUACAAAAAAAAAAAAAAAAAAUCUACAUCUUUUUGAAUAAUGUGAAGAUCUAUAAUACUAUGAGGUUUAAGCUAAAUUUUUAACUAGUAAUUUUUUGAGUGAAAAAGUAAUUAAUGAUCCUUAAUUAGCCAUGGAUUCCAUCUUAUGGAUUCUCUAUAAAUAAUUGAAUGCACACACACGCAUAGAUAUGUCAACACAAGUAAAAAGUUGUGCAUUUGGUCUUGAAAUCGUAUAAGAUUAAUUAGAAAACAAUGUCUCAAUUGAAAAACAGAUCUUCACAAUGCUUAUGGACAAGUAAUAUUUGCAUUUUGUUAUUAUCAAUGUCGUCGAUGACUCUUGGAGCUGUCUCUAGACAUUAUGGAGAAGCUCUCACAAAGAGUCUUUUCUAUUUCGAAGCUCAACGCUCAGGAAAAUUGCCAUCAAACCAAAGAGUUAACUGGAGAGGAGACUCUGCACUUAGAGACGGUUCUGAUGCCCAUGUUGAUCUCACUGGAGGGUACUAUGACGCUGGAGACAACAUGAAGUUUGGAUUCCCAUUGGCGUUCACGACGACAAUGCUAGCAUGGAGCAGUGUUGAGAUGGCAUCGCAGCUUAAGGCUCAUAAAGAGCACAAAAACGUCCUUGCAGCUCUCAAAUGGGCCACUGACUAUCUUAUCAAAGCCCACCCAGAGCCCAAUGUUCUUUACGGACAAGUGGGAGACGGGAACUCGGACCAUGCGUGCUGGAUGAGACCCGAGGACAUGACAACUCCACGUCCUUCUUACCGCAUUGAUGCUCAGCAUCCAGGUGCUGACCUAGCAGGCGAGACAGCUGCAGCUAUGGCUGCAGCUUCUGUAGCUUUUGCGCCAUAUAACGCAGCCUAUGCCAAAAAACUCAUUAGUCACGCAAAAGAUCUAUUUGAAUUCGCCAAGGCUCACCCUGGCGUCUACCAAAGCUCCAUAUCUAACGCAGGUGGCUUCUACGCGAGCAGCGGCUACGAAGAUGAGCUAUUAUGGGCCGCGGCUUGGCUCCACCGUGCCACUAAGAAACAGAUUUAUCUCAACUAUUUAAAUGAAGCAUCUAAUACCGGAGGUUCAAGGACUGUUUUUGCAUGGGAUGAUAAGUUCGUGGGUGCACAAGUCUUGAUGGCCAAGCUUUCACUUGAAGGGAAAGUAAAUAUCAACAAGAAGAUGGAAGAGUACAAGAGUAUGGCUGAGCAGUUUAUUUGCAACUGUGCUCAAAAGGGCUCCAAUAACGUUAAGAUAACUCAGGGAGGUUUGCUUUGGUUCUUGCCGUGGAACAACCUCCAAUACACCACGGCCGCUUCCUUUGUCCUCUCUGCCUAUUCAAAGUAUCUUAAAGCCGCUAAUGCAUCCAUAAAAUGUCACGGUGGAUCUCUUCAAGCUUCUGAUCUUCGUAACCUCGCUCGUGCUCAGGUAGACUACAUACUUGGCUCAAACCCCAAGAACAUGAGCUACAUGGUUGGAUUCGGAACCAAUUAUCCUAAGAGACCACACCAUAGAGGAGCCUCUAUAGUGUCGAUCAAAAAGAACAGAACCGCUGUGGAGUGCAAUGCAGGGUUCAACGAUUGGUAUCACAGUCCUGCACCAAACCCUAACGUACUAACCGGAGCACUCGUGGGAGGACCCGACGAGAACGAUGCUUUCGGAGAUGAGAGGACUGAUUUCCAGCACAGUGAGCCUGUGCCAGCCACCGUUGCUCCAUUUGUUGGUGUUUUGGCCGCCAUUGCUUGAUUUCUCUCUCUUUUGUUUUAUAUAUAUAUCAUAAUAAAAGUCAUAGGUUGUUCAUUAACAUAGUUUUUAAAGUGGAAAAUGUAACUUCGUAAGUUUCAAAACAAAAAAAUGUAACUUGCCGUGAAAAUAAAAUAAUUAUAGAUAUUUUGAAAAUGUAACUUCUGUUAUUAAGCUCGAGAAGCAAGAAAAAAUCGGAUGUGUUUCCGUUUA